GCGGCAGCAGGUGACCGCUUCCCCAACCCCAGGGGGCAGGGGGCAGGGGACCAUGGAGAACACUAACGGCGCCAAGCAGAGCGUGAUUGAGGACUCGAGUCCGGCCGAGGGGCAAACCCGGAGCACCACUCCGCAGGGAGAGCAGGGGCAGCUGCUUUAUCACGAGGAAACCAUUGACCUCGGUGGAGACGAGUUUGGGUCUGAAGAGAAUGAGACUAUAUCGGAAGAUUCUAAUAAUUUCGUAGAUAAGCUUAACGAGCACCUGAUGGAGAGCGUCCUCAUUUCUGACUCUCCUAAUAAUAGCGAAGAUGACGCAGGUGACCUUGGCUGUUUGCAGGAUGUUGUGGAGCCUGCAGAAGGCAACGCUGGUCCCACACUGGAAAGUCUCGGGGACGAAGGAGCAGUGGACACCCUGAGCAAGGACAGUGAAAGUGAUGGAGAGAUUGCAUCUAACGAUAUCCCUGACACAACCCCCGACCCGGACCACAACCAAGUCAGAGGUGUGCCUGCCUCGGGAGAGGAGGGUGCAGAGGACCCUGGCCCGGGGGACGGGAGCACUCAUCCGGAGGGGCCGGGGUGCGCCCCACCUCCGAGACAGCCCCCUCCCAAUGAGGAGCCCGUCCCAGUGUGCACCAUCUUCAGCCAGUCGCUUCCCGCCCGCUCCCAGCCGCCCUUGCUCCUGCGGGAUGGCUUCGAGUCCCAGAUGGUGAAGUCUCCGAGCUUCAGUGGUGCGAGCGAAACGGUGGCCAAGACCCCUCCCCAGGCUGUGCAGCCAAGCCCCAGCCUGAGUAAAUUUUUUGGUGAUCCUGCCAACACUAAUUCCUUGGCCUCGGACUUCUUUGAUUCAUUCACGACUUCCACUUUCAUUUCCGUCAGUAACCCCCAUGCAGGUUCUUCAGCUCCAGAAAAACUGUCUUCACUCUCCACUCCGGGGGGAGAAAGGUCCCCAGGUGCCGCUGAGCCUUCUCACUCCCCAGGGAUCGAAAAGUCAAAAGCGGGUGUUUCCCCAGCUUCUGUAGAAAUCCCUCAGUCUCCAAAACCGUUUUCACAGAUCCAGGCUGUGUUUGCGGGGAGUGAGGACCCCUUUGCCACAGCCCUGAGCAUGAGCGAGAUGGAUCGCAGAAGUGAUGCCUGGCUCCCCGGGGAGGGGACCAGGGACGUCCUGAUUUCAGUAGCCACCCAACAGUACAGCACAGUGUUCGUGGACAAGGAGAGCCUCACCAUGCCGGGCCUCAAGUUUGACAACAUCCAGGGGGAUGCAGUUAAAGACCUGAUGCUUCGCUUCCUGGGUGAGAGAGCCGCGGCGAAGAGACAGGUCUUAAAUGCUGAGUCCGUAGAGCAGACUUUUGUUGGGUUGAAACAGCUAAUCAGCUGCAAAAACUGGAGGGCAGCGGUUGACCUGUGCGGGCGCCUUCUCACAGCCCACGGCCAAGGCUACGGCAAGAGCGGGCUGCCCACCAGCCACACGGCAGACUCCUUACAGCUUUGGUUUGUGAGGCUGGCACUGCUGGUGAAGCUGGGCCUUUUCCAGAAUGCCGAGAUGGAGUUUGAGCCCUUUGGAAAUCUGGACCAGCCCGAUCUCUAUUACGAGUACUACCCUCACGUAUACCCUGGGCGAAGGGGCUCCAUGGUCCCCUUUUCAAUGCGGAUCUUACACGCAGAGCUUCAGCAAUACCUGGGCAAUCCACAGGAGUCCCUGGACAGACUGCACAAAGUGAAGGCCAUCUGCAGCAAGAUCCUAACAAAUUUGGAGCAAGGCUUAGCUGAAGACGGAAGCAUGAGCAGCAUCACACAGGAGAACAGACAAGCCUCCAUUCAGCUGUGGCGGUCCCGACUGGGCCGGGUGAUGUGCUCCAUGGCAAACUGCCUGCUCCUGAUGAAGGACUAUGUGCUGGCUGUGGAUGCUUAUCACUCGGUUAUCCAGUAUUACCCAGAGCAGGAGCUACAGCUGCUCAGUGGCAUCGGCCGGAUUUUCCUUCAGAUUGGAGACAUCAAAACAGCUGAGAAGUAUUUUCAAGACGUGGAGAAAGUAACCCAGAAACUGGAUGGACUACAAGGCAAGAUAAUGGUUUUAAUGAACAGAGCGUUCCUUCACCUCGGUCAGAAUAACUUUGCAGAAGCCCACAGAUUCUUCACAGAAAUCCUCAGGAUUGACCCAACAAAUGCCGUGGCCAACAACAAUGCCGCCGUGUGUCUGCUCUACCUGGGCAAACUCAAGGACUCCCUCCGGCAGCUGGAGGCCAUGGUCCAGCAGGACCCCAAGCACUACCUGCAUGAGAGCGUGCUCUUCAACCUGACCACCAUGUAUGAGCUGGAGUCUUCUCGCAGCAUGCAGAAGAAGCAGUCCCUGCUCGAGGCGGUCGCCGGCAAGGAGGGGGACAGCUUCAACACCCAGUGCCUCAAGCUUGCAUAGGAGGACACUCACUCUCUGGAGCCCCCGGGGCCUCUGAAUGGUGGACACGGGAGCUAAUAGAUGAACACAACUGACAAAGUCGAUAAAAUCUUUCACGAGUGCCAGGGAGCAGUCUUCUUCAUCCGGAGCCAUGCGGAGG